GUGAUGAAGAUACGCACAUCCGCGCCACCACGUUGCAGCGCAUACGAACCGUGACGGAUCAAGAGAGGCCGAAUGAAGCCAUGUCCCAGCGGGACGCCCGCGCGGAGAUCUUCCUGUGGAGCUUCGUGCUCUGGUCGGACACCAUCGAGAUGGUGCGCGUGGCCGGCCACCACGCCGUGUACAGGUCAGCCUGGCUCUACCCGGUCUACCUGUUCAGCUUCAUCUCGCUCCUUCGCAUUGUGCUCACGCCCCAGAGCCCGCUGCUGAGCGCCCUGGGCGUCCUGCUCCAGGACGUCCCCUUCAUUUUCGUCAGGCUCGGCUUACUCAUCGACCUGGGCACCGUCACGCCCGUGCUGGGCCUCUGCAAGAACGUGCUGGUGACUCUCUCCUACGGUUACUUCAAUUUCUUAACCAAACUCAGGGUUUUCUCCUCCUUCGAAUUGUCUUCAUUUUAAAAAGGAACUGUACUAUAGCUAAGCCUCUUUAUUCUGCAUGUGGACACAUUUGGAAUCUUAUUCUUUCCUGGGGUAUAUGUUUUUGCACUAUAUAAAGGGAUGAAACUAGAUCGUAGAAAAUAAGCUAUUUUUUUUUUUAAAAAAUGGUACCAUCAGGUUUUUUAAAUGUGUAUAAAUGGUGCUAAAUUUAAGUAAAUUUAUGUCCUUAUAUGUUGACUCCCCUGCAUCUCUAGAAAAUAGUAGUUAAUUUUAGUUAGUUUUGUGUACUGCACCUUUCUUAAAGCACUCUUCAAUAAAGCCUGUAAGCUAAAUGAGAACGUUUCCCCA